UCUUCCUUACCUGCAAAAUGUAUAACAUGCAAAAGAUUUCUGCUUCUGCAUUACACUAUUCAUGUCUUUAUGGAAUACCUUACAGAAGGGAAAACAGAUUUCAUUAUCUUAAGAAAGCAUUCUUGUUGUAGCUGAUUUGCUCUGUAAACCUUUCAUGUGAUUUUUUCAUCAGUUAUCUUAUAUAGUCAAAUAGCCAGAUAUCCAAUAGCCUAAACUUUGUUUUCAUGCUUGUCUGCAGUUUAUCUAGAUGAAUCACGCAAAACAAACCUUUAAAUCUUUUUUGAUAUUUUAUUUUUAUUGCCCUCUGGACAUUACAGCUUUUAUGCACAUCUGAUUCUAUUUUAUUUUAUUUAUUGAGCAUAUGUGUAUGUAUAUGAUCAACAUAAUGCAGUUCUCCAAGGAAGAAACUCCAAACAUCUCAAUCUAAAGGAUAUGGAUGAAACUUCUUCCACUUCUUAUGCAUUUCCACUAACAAUUAAAUUUGAUUAAGAAAUCACAAUAUAUCCUUCUGCCUAAAUAAUGUCCAAUGAAAGCAUGAUAACAUAUUUUGUAUUUGUUGGUUUCUUUGAUGUUGCAGAGUGGCAGAAUUUCUAUGCUUUGGUAUUUUUUCUAAUUUAUAUUUCAUGUGUGAUGGGGAAUCUACUUAUCAUGAUCAUAGUAAUUCUCAAUAUUCACCUUCAUACCCCAAUGUAUUUUUUUGUCCUAAAUCUAUCAGUUGUUGACCUGGGAUAUAUCACAGUCACCAUCCCCAAAGUCAUAGCCAACUCCUUAAUGAGAACAAGGGUAAUCCUCUAUUCUCACUGCGCUGCCCAAAUAUUCGCCUCAGUUCUCUUUGCAGCAUCUGAAUUUCUUCUACUGACAAUUAUGGCCUAUGAUCGUUAUGUUGCUAUUUGCCAUCCACUUCAAUAUGAAACUUUAAUGGGCCCACACAGAUGUAUCCAAAUGGCAAGCUGUGCAUGGAUGGUUGGCAUUCUAACAGCAACAUUGCACACUGGUGCCACAUUUGCAAACACUUUUUGCUCCAAUGUGAUCAACCAGUUUUUUUGUGAAAUCCCACAAUUGCUCAGGCUCUCUUGCUCUGAUAUGUAUCUCAUUGAAAUUGGGGCUAUGGUAUUCACUGGCAGCUUAUAUUUAGCCUGUUUUGUUUUCAUUGUUAAUUCUUAUGGACAGAUCUUCAAAGCUAUAGUAAGAAUUCUCCCUGUACAAGGUAGGCAGAAGGCCUUCUCUACCUGCUUGCCUCACCUCAUUGUGGUUUCCGUGUUCUUCUUCUUUGGCAUCUUUGCUUACUUACGGCCAAUCAACAGGAGUCCAUCUCAGAUGGAUUUAGUGGCUGCUAUAGCCUACUGUGUGGUGCCACCAUGCAUGAAUCCAGUGAUAUAUAGCAUGAGGAAUACAGAUAUCAAGCAGGGAAUGUGCAAACUCAUUGCCUGGAGAUAAUGGGACAUUUUUAAAGAGUAAAUGCAGUUUACAGAUAGCAUGUGCAUAGUUAUGUAUAUAUUUAAAGGCUAAAAGAAACAUCCCAAUAUUGUUUCAGUAAGAGUGUAAUCCAUUUAAGGCAAUGAAAUGUGUUAGAUGAAAAUCUGCAAGGAGUUCAGUUCUGUAUUAGAAUUGUAUUAAUGCUAUUCUGUAAAUAAUUGUUCUAAUAUAAGAGUCUUCUUGAGAACUGUAUAGUCUAUAUAUGAUUAUACAAUACUGUAUAUGGAUUUCUUUGAUGACCUUGUUCACAUGUAGUUUUGGUAGUCUUAUGUGAUGUUUAUAAUUAUUCUUCCUUUUUCACAAUUAAA